AUGGAGAGCCUUCAUACUUGUUGUUGGAUAAUUUGUGUUGGGAUUUGCUCAGGAAAGCAGCAACUGGUUUCUGCGUUUGACGGAGUACUCAUCGCUUGCGAAAAGUGGGAGACACCAACAAAGAGGAAGGUCGAGGCCGAUGUGAAAGCCACUCAAACUCUCCAAUGUGGCUUAACUAAAGAAAAGUUGAACCGGAUCGGCCCCUUCAAUAGCGCCAAGGAAUUAUGGGAAAAGCUAAUUGAGCUGCACAAGGGCACCUCCGACACUAAGGAUGGUAUAAGCAAGACUAAGGAGUCUAGGAAGAAGUACCAAAUCGAACAUGAGUCUGAAGGCGAAUCCGACUCGAAAGAAGAUGAUGAAAUUACUGCCAAACUCGUGAAACUGCCACAAAAACUAUAUAAGAAGAAGAAGGGCUUCAGAAAAUGCAAGAUCAAGAAGGUAGCUUAG